AUGCCACCGUGCCACCGUGCCGCCACGCCGGGGCUCUGCACUCUAGAUCUGCUCACUCUGUACAAGACACGGGGCGGGGCGCGGCGCGGCGCGAGGCAGGGCGUGCGGGGCAGCGCGUUGCGGCGCGGCGCGGGCAGUGCACGGGGCAGCGGCCUUCCUCAGUCUCACGUCGUCCAGCUCGUCCCCGCGCCGCGCGCCGCGCACCUCACCAGAUCCCCGCCACCCACCACAGGCCCGCGGCGGACGGGCGGACGGGCGCGCUGCCUCCGCUGCGGCCGCGCCAGGAGCGGCGCCUCAGUCACACUCGUGCCCAUUGCCUUAAAGCAGACUCGCGGCAUCUUCCCUCCCCGCCCUCCUGCAGGCCCGCACACCAGCGCCGCGCCCCGACCCAACCCGCCCCGCUCUGCCCGACCCCGCCUGCCGGCGGCACGUAGUGGCGGCGGCGGCGGUGGUGGCGGGGCCCUCGGCGUCCGUGAGAAUCAUGUGUUCUUACUGGGCUCACCCCACACCCCUGUAAGCCCUCCCCCACCACGGGCAGCAGGCGGCACCCUUCCAGCCGUGCUGCGGCGGCCCCCUGCUGCCCCGGGUGGUGGCCACGGCCGGGUCAGGUCAUGUAGUAUUAGCAAGCUGUGUCACCUGAGGGCGUGCUGGCGCCCCGCCGCCGCCGCCACCUUGGUUAGCGUAGUCCGCGGCACCGCCCUGCCCGCCCAUCGUUUGCUUGUUAGCUUGGCCCCAGGCCCCAGGCCCGGCGUGCCGCGCCGAGCAGCCCCGCCCCUCUCCCCGCCCCUGGAGUGGGGCGGCGGCCCCUCCCCGGCAGCCCAGAACAACUCUUCCAACAUUGUUUAG